AAGUAGUAGUAAACAUGUUUUUGAGUCAGCUGACUUAGGUUCACCUGACUGGAAUUAUAACAGCAGCCUUACACUGUUUUUAAAACAGCAGCUGAUAUGUGUUACUGCCGUAUAUGAUUAAUUAUCAGGCUAAAAGUCUAGCUGAAGUACUCAUUUUGUUUCCAUACUCAGCUGUCAGUUAGCUUUGGAGCAUUUAGCAGCUAGCUUAGCCAACCAGCAACUCAGCAGAAAGAAAACAGAAGCUGUUCAGCUGCUGGAACGACGUCCAGAAGAGUGUAUAAUAAUGGAAAAGAUUGCUAAAGAUGUGGGUGACAUCCAGUCCCGACUGUUGGACCACAGACCUGUCAUCAAUGCAGAGGUCCGCUACUUCGUGAGAGAGUUUGAGGAAAAACGAGGCCACAGAGAGAGCCGACUGCUGGAGAAUCUGGACAAAAUGGUGGUGGAAACAAACGAGCAAAUGCUCCCCGCAAAUUUAGACGACGUAACCAAGCAGCUGUCUGAUGUCAUUAAACGGUUGGAAGCAGCCAAUCACAUGGCAGAGAGAGUCCAGCAGAGGGAGCUAGAGGCACAACAGAACACCCAGCUGCAGGCGAACAUGGAGCAACUGAAAGACGAGUGGGCAGAUUUUUUGAAGGAGCAGCAGAGAUUAAAAGAAGAGGUGGAUGAGGAGCACGCCAAGGCUGUAGGACAACUGAGCGCUAAGUACAACGAGAAGAAGAAGGAGUUGGCCCAGUUGCCGUUUGUCUAAUCUGUUGCUAUUUGCAAUGGUGUGACUGAACAAGUACUCUUUCUUAUUAUAUGAACACUUUACUACAGGCAUGGAUGUCUGUUCUGCACGGUCAAAGCAAAGCUACUGCCUUUGCUUGAUAUACUCGGUGGUCGGUAAAAAAAACACGGAGGUUUUGCACCUGCAUACGUGUCAGCAUUUUUCAAAUCGUAAAUAUGAAAGUGUGAUUAACAAUGUGGCAUUUUCACAGCCCCUCAAAUUCAGACUUUUUGUCUUUAGCACCUGGAAUACGUGAAGCUUGAAGCAAGUCUGGAGUAUGUCAUUUUAAAACAAGCAAUCAUUUGAUUGUUCCUUGGCUGUGAAGUUUUUAACAUUUCAAGAUUCUUAAUGGGUGCCUGCCUGAAGGGUUUUGAUGAUAAAUUAUCGCCAUGUUGAAAGGAACUUUGAGUUUGGCACCAAGGGUAGAUAUUCCAAGCACCGAGAGUCGGAUCAUAAAAUGUUAGAAAAGCCCUUCUGAGCAGGUGUGUUUAACAUCAGGCCAAGCGUUGAAGAAACGAGCUUAAACAGAACACUGUCCAGAAGAACUCGUCCCUCACCAGCUCUCCUGCGUUUGGAACUGCUCACUUCUGACAUUAACUUCAAGUAAACCAACUGUCUAUGAAGUAACUUUCAUUAUAAAAGCCUGAAUGUGCAGCAGCAGAUGUUUUGAAUUUGUUUUGCCAAAUCAUAUCUGAUUUUAAUGAGUCACAAAUCCAGUAUUUUACUGCCAUACAUACAGGAAAAUAUCUAAAGGAAUUUGAGUAUUCUGGUUUGAAUUACGAUCACGUAUGCAUCAGAGGAAGUCCAGUGGCUGUCAUGAUUUGUGUUUAGUGUGUGUAACAUUCCCAAAAAUCAUGAACACAAAUUAAAGUGUUGAUGUAUAGACAGGUGAUAAAAUAAAAGGAAAAGCAGCAUAAACUGUGUUGGUAAGGUGUUUGGCCACCAUGUGGAAGAACAACAGUUCAAAAUCUAUCAAAGGUAUUCAACAGAGUGGAGAUCUAGUGAUUGUUUAGGUCAUAACAUGAUUGACCACAUUUUCAUACUGAUUCAGUGACCCUUCAUGCCCUGUGGAUGGAGGCAUCGUCAUCCUGGAAGAGACAACUUCCAUCAGAAUAGAUGUGGUCACUCAGAACAACUUUGUAUUGAUUUGCAGUGACCUUUCCUUUCAGUGAACCAUGCCAGCAAAAUGCCCCUCACAGCAAAACAGAGCCCUGAACCUCCUCACUGUAGGACUAAGCGGUUCAGGUUUUUUCUCUUUACUUUGUCACCUGUCUGUGUUGUAAAGUACUGCGUUUACUGCCGUCAGUCACACAUAUUUAAAUAUAUAACAUAAAGAAGUUGUAAUGCAUUUUCAAAACAGAUGUUUAGCCUCAGCAAAACUGUUAACAGAACAGUCUUUUUCACUUGUGGCGACUUCUAAUUAGAUUAUGUUCAACCAGCAAACUAAGUUGUGUUAGGAGAAUAACUCUUUCCUCUGUAACUGAUUGUGUUUUUGUUUGUCAGGUACUUAAUAAUUGGUGGCAUAAACACAAGUUAGUUUUUUGUUUUUUUUAAAUCUUGAAGUUUGGUUAACAAGUCAAUUUAUUACUCUGCCAAGGUGCAGUUAUAUGACGAUUGGCAUACGUUUGUCCGUCUGUCGGCAGAAAAAUGGAUUUGGAUGAAAUUUUCAGGGAAUGUCAGAAAUAACACAAGGACCAAGUGAUUAGAUUUUGGCAGUGAUGCGGAUUAUAGUCUGGAUCCACAGAUUUGUUGAGGAUUUCUGUAUCAUUACCAGAUAGCUGCACGGCAUCACUGUAACUAUGACAACAAGUGAACGCAACAUCAGCUGCCUGAUGACGAUCUCAUGAUUGCGAUCCUACUACAAAUCCACCACUGCAGACUUACUGGGAUUUACCUGUCGGAAAUGAUAGAAGGAACAACUGUGGGAGUGUUUCUGAGUCCCAUCCAUUGCCGCUGCCCGCUGCAUAUGUAGGUCACGUGAUUCGGUAUCCGUACGUAACGUACACAUGCUUAACACACGCCUGUGCUCAGCGCAAGAUCAUUUUAUGUGUGGGUACAUCUAUAUUAAAUGGCAGCAUUUUAUGGCGAUCAUCAAUAACAAAUAAAUGCUGCAUUUCUGACAACGCCUUACAGGAAAGAACAGCUCUAUGAGUGCUUUUUCUUGUUUAAUUUACUACUACUUGGGUUUUGCUUUCACUUGUUUACUACAGAAAGUGUAGUUUUAACGACACACAAAAUUAAAUUACCAACUCUACGAACUUUAUCUUGUCAACACAAUUCAUCAAAACAAUGUUUGCAUCUUAAAAGGAUUUUCUAAAUCAAUAAAUUUUAUUUAUUCUUUGAA